ACUUAAAGAAAACAUUUUUUUUUUUAACAGAAAAGAACAAAUAAAGAAAAUAGUUUAAAAAAUCAAAUUAGUCACUCCUCCUCCCAGGUAAAAAAACAGUGCGCUUUAGAUCAUGAAAUUUGGUGAAUUGACGGCGUGUUCCUGACACCGUCAGCGGCGGCAGUAGAAACUCUGAGAGACCGCGAUUUCUCUCCGGCGGUUACUCUCACUGUUUCAUCAUCACUUAGGUAAAUGUAUAUUGAUAGUAGAAGAAAAAUAAGAAGAAGAACAAGCUUUUUGUUAUAGAAUGAGUCAACCAACAGUGAUACUUGCUACUGCUAGCUAUGAUCACACCAUUCGAUUUUGGGAAGCCAAGAGCGGUCGAUGUUACCGCACUAUUCAAUAUCCUGAUUCGCAAGUAAACCGGCUGGAGAUAACCCCUGAUAAACGCUACCUAGCUGCAGCUGGUAAUCCUCAUAUACGGUUGUUCGAUGUUAACUCAAAUAGCCCUCAGCCGGUAAUGAGCUAUGAUGGACAUACCAGUAAUGUAAUGGCAGUUGGGUUCCAGUGUGAUGGGAACUGGAUGUAUUCUGGUUCGGAGGAUGGCACAGUUAAGAUCUGGGAUUUGAGGGCACCAGGUUGCCAAAGGGAAUAUGAAAGUCGCGCAGCAGUCAACACUGUUGUGUUACACCCAAAUCAGACUGAACUAAUAUCUGGCGAUCAAAAUGGCAAUAUCCGUGUAUGGGAUUUGACAGCAAAUUCAUGCAGUUGUGAACUGGUGCCAGAGGUGGAUACGGCUGUACGCUCUCUAACAGUGAUGUGGGAUGGCAGUUUGGUAGUAGCAGCAAAUAAUAAUGGGACAUGUUAUGUGUGGCGCCUGUUGCGAGGGACUCAGACAAUGACAAACUUUGAGCCACUUCAUAAGCUGCAAGCUCACAAUGGCUAUAUCCUCAAAUGUCUUUUAUCCCCCGAGUUUUGUGACCCCCACAGGUACUUGGCAACUGCAUCGUCUGAUCAUACUGUCAAGAUAUGGAAUGUUGAUGGAUUUACACUAGAGAAGACUUUGAUAGGUCAUCAACGCUGGGUGUGGGACUGUGUCUUCUCAGUGGAUGGUGCCUACCUUAUUACAGCUUCCUCUGAUUCAACUGCUAGGCUUUGGUCUAUGUCAACUGGUGAAGAUAUUAAGAUUUACCAAGGGCAUCAUAAAGCUACAAUUUGCUGUGCCCUCCAUGAUGGGGCUGAACCCGCAUCUUCUUGACACUGACUAUGGUUAUUUAUCUUCAUCAGAUACAUCUUGUGUAAAUAUGAAUAUGCUUCAUUGGUCUAUGAAAGACAUUAUUAAUAUUUCUAAUGAUAUUUGUUGAUAGUUUCUCAACUAGAGUAAUCUUUUUAAAUAAUGAAUCGAAACAUGAGGAUUAAUAUUUCAUGAUACCAUGAUGAUGCAUAUCAUUUUUGAAAGGCUAUGCCCAAUUUUGAAAUGCAACACAUGUUCAUGACAUUA